CGGCUGCUCCUGGUUCCUAAACACAUUGUUAAAAGCCGCUUGAUAACGCACAUGAAUUACCACUUUGUUUAUCUGAUGCUUGAAAGGAAUAGUUACCGGCGGGCAUCUGCGUUCACACGGAUUUUUUUCUUCUGCUGGAUUAUCUAAAGAGAAGCGGCUGUUGCCAUGACAACAGACGAGGCCGAGAGUCACCAGAAAAAGCCAAAGCAGCAGGAAGAGGCGGGCCAGGAUGCCAGGCCGCCGUCACCGGAGGAGGAGCAGCUAAGGCCUCGUAACCGCAACUCUGCCGGCCGCGGCCUCUCUCGCCUCUUUUCCUCCUUCCUGAAGAGGCGUUCGCAGUGUGAGAGCGACGCGGGAGGGAAGGAGGGGAAGGAGGAGGAGGAAGAAGCUAAAGCCCCCAUCGCUGACCCUGAGCCAGAGCUGAGGACAGAAGGAGAGGUCGCCCUGGAUCAGCACUCGGUCAGCAGUGCUGAGGGUCAGGUGGUCCAGGUAGAGAAGAAGGACGCUGAGGAGGAGGAGGGUGGAAACAACAAAGACAACGAUCAGGAAAAAGGACAGGAGGCUGAGCUGGAGAAGGAGGAGGAUAAAGAGAAGGAGAGGGAGGAGGAGAAGGAGAAGGAGCCCGGACCCGAAGGAGGCACCACAGGAGACAAGGACGAGAAGGCGGCAGAGGAGGAGGUUAAAACUCCCAGAGCUCCACGCCGACCCAAGACCAUGGAGAUCAAAGUGACCCUGCUGGACGACACUCUGUACGAGUGUGAGCUGGAGAAACACGCUAAAGGUCAGGACCUGUUUGACAAAGUGUGUGAUCACCUCAACCUGCUGGAGAAGGAUUAUUAUGGUCUGGCCAUCUGGGAGACUCCCACCAUGAAGGUCUGGAUGGACCUGACGAAGGAGAUCCGCCGACAGGUUCAAGGGGCCAACUAUAAUUUCACCUUUAAUGUGAAGUUCUAUCCACCAGACCCAGCCCAGCUUUCUGAAGACAUAACAAGGUACUACCUUUGUCUCCAGCUGCGUAAAGACAUCCUGCACGGUCGUCUUCCGUGCUCCUUCGUCACCCUGGCCCUGCUGGGCUCUUACGCCCUGCAGUCCGAGUUGGGCGAGUAUGACCCAGAGGUGCACCCCAGCGACUACGCCAAGAACAUGAAGCUGGCCCAGGGUCAGACCAAGGAGCUGGAGGACAAGAUGAUGGAGCUGCACCGCACGUACAGGGCGAUGAGUCCGGCUCAGGCAGACCUGAUGUUCCUGGAGAAUGCCAAGAAACUGUCCAUGUAUGGAGUGGACCUCCACCAGGCCAAGGACUUGGAUGGCGUGGACAUUAUGUUGGGAGUUUGCUCCAGUGGUCUGAUGGUUUACAAAGAUAAACUGAGGAUCAACCGUUUUCCGUGGCCCAAAGUCCUGAAGGUCUCAUACAAACGCAGCAGCUUCUUCAUCAAAAUAAGACCAUCUGAGGUUGAACAAUAUGAAAGUGCAAUCGGCUUCAAACUACCCAAUUACAAGGCAGCCAAGAAGCUGUGGAAAGUGUGUGUGGAGCAUCAUACCUUCUUCAGGCUGACCUCCACUGAGAUGGCCACCACUCCCAGGAAGUUCCUGGCGCUCGGCUCUAAGUUUCGCUACAGUGGUCGGACUCAGGCUCAGACCAGGCAGGCCAGUUCUCUGAUCGACAGACCUGCCCCUCUGUUCCAGCGCUCGUCCAGCAAGAGGAACUCACGAAGCCUGGAUGGAGCCAUGGCAUCCACUCCUGACAACAGGUCAACUCGUCCUGUCAGCGCCCCUGUCAUGUCCCCUGUGUCUCCUGGGGAGGUGACCCCUUCGCCCCUUCUACGCAGCCUGCAUCGCGCUGACCACCACGAUGGCCCUACACCCAAGGGUCGGCGCUCUGACAGGAAGGCGGAGUUAAAGGCAGAGAGUCGGCCGGCUGAUUCCACCAAAGGCCACAGCCCCAGACCAGAGUCCACUCCAGAAAUCAAGACAGUGGCCAGGAGAGAGCGGAGGCAUUCCCCCUCCGUCACUGCCGCCAACGGAGAAAGAGAGAGAAAGAGCCAGCACUCCCCUCAGGACAAAACAAAGACGGAGAUGGUGCGAGUGAGGAAGAAAAGAGCUAAGAAACUUGAGGGUGAAACUAUUUAUAUCAGACAUAGCAAUUUAAUGUUGGAGGACCUGGACAAGACCCAGACUGAGAUCAUGCGUCAUCAUACUAGCAUCAGUGAGCUGAAGAGGAGUUUCAUGGAGUCGGUACCGGAGCCUCGGCCUAGCGAGUGGGACAAGCGUCUUUCCACAAACUCGCCUUUCCGCACAGCGAGUAUCAACGGGCAGUUACAACCAGCGUCUCCAGUGCUGAAGACCCAGACAAUCACCAUCGCAGAUGUCACAAACUCCCUGAGAGGAACCGUGGCCUACAAAGACAUCCCCAUGGUUCACACCGAGACUAAGACUAUCACCUAUGAGUCAGCCCAGGUGUCUCUCCCACAGCCGGUGGACAGCCUGGCAGAGAGGGACUCAGGAGUGCUACUGAGUGCCCAGACCAUCACCUCCGAGACCAUCAGCACCACCACCACCACCCAGAUCACCAAGACGGUGAAAGGAGGAAUCUCUGAGACUCGCAUUGAGAAGAGGAUUGUCAUCACUGGAGACACUGAAAUUGAUCAUGACAAGGCUUUGGCUCAGGCCAUUAAAGAAGCAAAAGAGCAGCACCCAGAUAUGUCUGUCACCAAAGUGGUUGUGCACCAGGAAACGGAGAUCUCACCAGAGUAAAACAGGCCGAUUCAUCGGAAGCUGCCCCCACCCUCCCCUCCUCACUUGUGUCUCCAUCACACCGUCUUGACCGCAGUGGCCCCUCCCAUCACACCCAACUGCACUGCCUUGGACAUCAGAGGGAAACAGUUUGUACCGUACGUUGAACUAUGAACUUUAACCUCCAUGAGUGUGGAGUUUGGCUUAAAGGAGACGGAGUCACCGGGAAAUUCCCAAGAACCCUCUCAGUAUUCCCCACAAUCCCCCUUCUUGUUCCACCUACUGCCAAAAGAUCAACGCUGGACUUAUGAAAAAUUACAAAAAAAGAUCUUUUUUAAAGAGAGAAAAAAGGAAAAUAAAGUACAGCAUUUGUGGAUUUAUUGUUCUCCAAUUUGUCUGGAGAUUUUAAGAAAAUUUACAAGGGCAUUUGGUCUUUUAAUCUUGAGAUUACUGGUACUUUAUUUUUCUACAGUUUUUCUUACCAUCAGAAUUGGUUAUCAAUAACUUGGAGGUUGUGUUUUUUUUAACGUUUCCAAAAAGCAUUACCAACGGGAUUGUGGGUGACUUUUCUUGGGAUUGUACACAUCGGGACUCAAGGAAUCCCUCUCAAAUUUUAAUGUUUAAAUUUAAGUUUGGUGUCAUUUCUUCUUGUACAGUAAAUAUUUUAUUUUCCCUCUCAAUGUGAAAAAAUAUUUUUUCAAUUUAUGUGUAAAAAAGAUUCAUUUUAUCAAACCAGGGGGCAAUUAUUAUUGUUAUUAUUAUUCUUUCUUUUACCUAAGUUAAUGUUUUGACUUAUUUGUUGAGUGAUCUUGACAUCUUUUACUUGUUUUCGUUGUUCUCGUCGUUGUUGUAGUGCUUGUGUCACUAGAGCGGGGCAAAAUCAGAACUAAGGAGACAGCGGUGAAGCGACUUCUCUUUAUUUAUUCCCAAAUCCGUCUUCUUUUUGUGUGUUUUUUGCAUUUCUCUUGUGUAUGUAGCCUCAUGAUUUUGUAUGAAGAGCAUUCCAGACACCCGAUAACACUUGAGCAUGGCAGCAGCAUCUGUCUUCUUGCAUCUGUUUCACGUUUUCACACGUUUUCACACGCUUUCUCCUUUUUUUCCAAAUGGACAGUGUGUACUCACCCACAGAGAGGGAAGUUCACAUGACAGAAAUGCUUCUCAAUGACAGGGGUUAAUUAGAGUUAAAGCUUUCAAAUCUGCCUGACGAUGAUAAUUGCCUCAAUAAACUGCAAAAGCUCCUCUUCUUUUCCCUGCAAGCGAGUAAUUUGAUUAGAACCUCAUUAAGGAAGUUCUCAAAUGAUUGCAGCUGUCAACACAUCAACACAUUAACAAGGAUUUCUGUAUAAUGGAUGUAAUUAUACCCAUUAUUUACACCCAUUACAACCAGGGGGGUCCAGAGAUUCAGUAUAAAUCUGAAGGGUGAGAGGAUAAUCACAGGAAAAAUAAGUACCUUUUUUGUUAUUUAGGAGAAUGUGUUCGAUAAAGGUUCCUAGUUGUGCUAUUGUAGUUCCUUCACUGAAACAGGUUGUCUCAGGAUCUGCUUUUACACCGGUGGCAUGAGAAAAUGACGGCAACAAACUGAAGUGUACACAAAAUUAUUGUAAAAAUAGAUUUAAAGUUCUAAAAUUAAAAAUGUGAAUCUACUCUGCAAAAUUGUUUGAUUUAGUUUCAUUUAGUAAAUACCUCCGAAACUUAAUUUAGGUUUACACAGGCCCUACUGCAGUGAAAAAAAUAGUCUUUGUAUCAGUAUGAUUAAUUUACAUCUCUGAAAUUUAUAAAAUGUAUAGAAUUGUUCUUCAAAGUACCUCCAAAACACACAGGAAAAAAUAUCUAGAGAAAGUUGAGGCAGCACAGGUUGCAAAAACAAAAUCUGUGUGAUUACCUAAACUUGGGCUGCAGGUAUGAUUCAGUCAGUUACAUAUAAGUACGAACAGACCGCUUUAUGUUUUACAUGGAAAAGUAUAGUGUAAUGAGGAAAAUUGUUGAAACCAAUGACUGAAAAUUAGAUAUAAUGAAUCAAAUUAAUUUUCUUACUUUUAUUUUGCACAUUAUAUUGAUAGAUAAUUUUCUAUUUAAAUGUGUCAACAUGAAAAUCAAUAAAUGAUUGCAGUAUAUUAAAUUCAAUAUACCUUUACCUAUAUAUCUUUAAUUUACUAUUCAUUCACUCCACUGUCAUUUUCACAGUAACAGGGAUCCACAUGGAAUCAAAAACACGUCAAACAUUUAGAUUCACUCUACAUUUGUAAAACAUCAGUUCCAUGUGAAAUAUAACAAUAUUAUUUGCUUUCACAAUAAAAUAUUAUGCCUGUUUAAUCAUAAUUGACCUGCUCUGCCACUGUUAGUAUAUAUUUAGGGAUCACAAAGUUUAGUUCAGAUUUAACAGCUUUGUUGCAGUUGCAGUUCUGCUGUUUGCAGUCAUGGAGGACUAACUACUAAUGGAAAAUAUAUUCUGUCAAAAUGUUGGCUUACUUCAUCUUUAUUCUAUUUGUACAUGUCCAGUCCAUAAUGUGAGAUGUGUAGCUUUGGAAGCAUUGGGUUUGUUUAGAGGUACCGUAAAGUUUUUUUUUUUAUUGCUGUGGCUCAUUUAAUAAUCCAUUACAUUUGCAAUGAGUAAUUUGACUAUACUCACACAGCAGCCAUUUAUUUCAGACCUCAUGGUGAAGGUGUGAAACUCAAACGUUAUCUAAAGAAUGUCAUACUGCUGUGUUAAAGUCAUAUAAACACAGAAAAUGCAAAAAACAGCAACAUUCAUUCACUAGACUUCAUUAGGUACUGAAAAUAUGCAGGGAUGUUGGACCAUAUGUCAAAUUAAAACACUUUAUUUAUUAUAGCCCGUUAGGUAACGGCUAAUGUUAGCAUUCAACACUUUAGCUGACGUUAGGUGUUGGAAAUAUGUCACAAUGUUGAAAUAUUGAAGUAUUUUGAUGUCUUUUCAACUGACCAAAUGCACUUUUUAAAACUUUUCAAUGGUAAUUUAUACUUUUCCUACUGUAGCUCACAUGUAAUGUUAUUGCUAAUGUUAGCCAACAAGUGGUGGUAUGCUAACGUUAGCUUUUGUGCAAUGUUUACAUAUUGUUUUACUUUAACAUAUGGUCUGAUAUCCAUUGAAAUUUUCUGUUUCAAUUGUCUCUACAGUUGCUUCUUAAUAGGGAAGCAGUGACUUGAUAAUUUGUCAUUUUCCUGCGUUUUUACAACACAGCAGUAUGACAUUUUUCUUUUGUUAGCAAUAUCUUGAGCAUUAUAUCCUGAGCAAUUCAGUGUAUUACAUUUUCCAAAUAACUUUUCAGCACUGGUCUUGAAAUGUGUUAUGAAUCAUUCCGUAAAGGUUUUAAUGUCUUUUUUUUUUUUUAACUAUAGCAUAAACAGAGACACAAUGGACUGUAGGUAGUGAAACCUGUUUCCAAACUAGUGCUUCAGUUCCUCCUGAGAAUUAGUCACAGGAAAAUCACAUAGUUUUGCUUAAUAUUAACUUUUCAGGAAAAUGUCAUGGUCAUUCUCCCCAGUACACUCUGUCCAUUUCAAUGAUACACACAUUAAUAACUAUAACAGCUGUAGUUUGUUUUGUCACCUUUUCAACAUGAUGCUUUUUUAGCACAUGCUAUUCUGUAAAGUCCUCCGAACCUGUUGUUGUUCAUUUAGCACGCUCAUGUUUUUAUGUUCGAUACAACCGAGCCAACUUUUCUUUUUCUUAAUUGUGAACUUUCACUUUACCAUCACAUAAACAUCAUGUAAUAAAAAGAGCACCAUGCACAGAAUAAACGCUAAUCCUAUUUUAA